AUGUCGCAACCGUGGUUCACCGGCUCCGGCGCCGGCGCCGGCUCCGCUCGCCCACGAACCCGCACCCGUCCCAACUACCACCCACCCCACGCCCGCUCCCAGCCCGAGAUUACCGUCACUAUCCCCUCACGCUACGCCUCGCGCGGCCGCCGCCAGCCGCGGCGCGACUCCCCCGGGCCGCUAGACAUCUUGCAGGAGUUCGACGACCUAGAGAUCACCUCGCAAUUCGGGGAAGACGCUAAGCCGGAGACGAAAAGUGCCUCCGCUUACGACGACACCCCGGUGGAGGCGACCGGGUCCGACAUUCCCCCGCCGGCGACGUCGUUUCUGGAGAUAGGGUUCUCCGGGAAGGCCUUGAUCGACAACAUAAAGAGGUGUGGGUACGUGAGCCCUACCCCCAUACAGAGGUACGCGAUCCCCGUGGCCUUAGCGGGGAGGGAUUUGAUGGCUUGUGCGCAGACGGGGUCGGGGAAAACAGCGGCCUUUUGCUUCCCCAUUAUAAACGGCGUUAUGCUGGAUAAGGAGCGUAGCAAGGUCUUCAACGGUAAUCGAGGCGGCCCUACCCGUUUGGCGUCCCCAUUGUCCCUGAUACUAGCUCCGACCCGAGAGCUGGCUUGUCAGAUUCAUGAUGAGGCCACCAAGUUCUCAUAUCAAACUGGAGUCAGAGUUGUGGCUGUUUAUGGUGGGGCUCCUAUUGUCCAACAGAGGCUCGCGUCAGAUUUUCUCUCGAACUACAUCUUUCUUGCAGCUGGAAAAGUCGGCUCAAGUACCGAUCUCAUUGUUCAGAGAGUUGAGUUCGUGGCUGACGUGGACAAACGGAACUAUUUGGUUGAUAUUCUUCGUCGUCAAAAGACAAAUAGCACCCCUGCUAAGGAUGUUUUGACUCUAGUCUUUGUGGAGACGAAAAGAGGAGCAGAUGCACUUGUGAGGUGGUUGUCCAUGAAAGGCUUUCCUGCUACUGUCAUUCACGGUGACAAAGUACAGAUGGAGAGAGAAAAUGCUCUCAAAUCAUUCAGAAGCGGCCGAACUCCUAUCCUCGUAGCUACUGACGUGGCAGCUCGAGGGCUUGACAUUCCCCACGUGGCCCAUGUUAUAAAUUUUGACCUUCCGAGAGCCAUAGAUGACUAUGUCCACCGGAUCGGAAGAACGGGCCGGGCCGGAAAAUCUGGGAUGGCCACUGCUUUUUUCUCUGAAAAGAAUAUUCCUCUUGCAAAGUCGCUCAUUCAGCUCAUGCUGGAAGCAAAGCAGGAAGUGCCUUCGUGGCUCAAUGAGUAUGCAGAGACAGCCCAAGACAACUAUUAUAAUGGCAGUGGCCGAAAAUAUGGUGGGCGUAAAUCUGCUGCAGGUCGGGCCAACAAUGGGCCUUCUUAUGAAGAAGAUUCAGGUUGGGCCAAUAAUGGGCCUGCUUAUGAAGAAGAUCCUUAUGCGGGAGCUGAUCCACCUGCUGCUGUGAAUUUCUCGAAUUUCGAUACUUCAUAUGGUGCUGCUGGCUCGUACAACAAUGAAACUACUUGGGGUACUUCAGGUGGCUGGGAAUGAAGUGGCCUUUUUUUUUUCUUUUUUUUUUU